AUGUCAUCUGUCGUAUACUACAAGUUCUUGCAUCAAAAGAACAAGUCAGUCAUUCACUUCGAUGGUACUGCCAUCAACGUGUUUGACUUAAAACGUGAAAUCAUUUUGCAAAAUCAGCUUGGUGCUGGUAAUGACUUCAUACUUCGUUUGUUUCAUUCAGAACAGCCAGACCUUGAAUAUGAGCUAGACCAGGAUGUGAUACCGAGAUCUUCAUUUGUGUUGGCCAAGAGAUCGCCAUGUAACUUCAAAGGAGGUCGUUUUGGCAAUGCUUCUCGUUAUAUCAGUGGUAAGCCAAGAGUGAAUAGAAAAGUGAUUAAUAAUGCCACAGCAUCAGCAGGUUCACAAGCAGUACGGACAGAGCAGGCACCAUUGGAUGAAAACAUGUCAGAGGAGGAUAGAAUCAAGAUGAUGUUCGAAAGUCAGGACAACGUGUGGGCCCAAGCACAAGAUGAAUUGGCCACGCAUAAAAUGGUGUACAACAAGCCAGGACAGGCUAAAGCAGAAGAUUUGCCCCCACCAGGCUAUAUCUGUUACAGAUGCGGUAAGAAAGACCAUUGGAUUAAGAAUUGUUCAACUAACACCGAUCCUACGUUCGAAGGUAAGAAGAUAUUGAGAACCACGGGUAUUCCUAAGUCCUACUUGAAGACCAUCUCGAAGGAAGAACUCGACAGAAGAGUGGAAACCGAAGGUCUUACUACUAAUGAGAAUGGUGACAUGGUUGAUAAAGAUGGUAAUGCCAUUCUUGUUACUGAGGACGGUGGUUACGCCAUUGCUAUGGCCGAUUCGAAGACAUGGCUUUCUUAUCAAGAAAAACAACAAAACGCUGCAUUGAAGGCAAAGCAAGAGUUUGAACAAAAGAUAGUCGAGUGUGCAGUGGGGGAAAACCGUCUUGAAUUUUUAAACCCAUUAUCGAGCACUAGACACCUUUUGAAGUCUCCAAUUGUCAUGACUCCUUGUUGUCGUGAUAAAGCAAGCCUUCGUAAACUUACAAAUUUCAACUACAACCAGGCGGAAUUGGAACAAACGUUGAUUGAAAAUGAUUUCCAUUGUCCAAAUUGCGGAAAAGAAGAUAUCUACAUUGAUUCGUUCAUCAGCAACCAGGAAUUGGAGGAGGAGUUACACGAAUACAUAAAGCAAAAGCAAACUGAGUUGGGUAUUGAGGACCCUGAAGCAUCAUUGAAGAGAGCCGCAGAAGAAGAUGGGGAUGAUCCAGAUUCCAAGCGUCAAAGAACUGACUUGCCUAUCAGGCCCGAUAUGUUUGGACCCCCAGGAAUGGCUCCAUUUAUGCCUGGAAUGCCAAUGCCUGGGAUGCCUGGCAUUCCUUACCCAAAUGGGGUCCCUAUGUUUAUGCCACCUGUACCAAUGCCUCCACAGAAUGGAAACGGGGAAAGCAACGGGACAAACUGA